CAUGCCCCCUCUUUGUCGCUUUCACCGUGCCUCUAGUCUGGCGUUGUCGGGGAGACUGCUUGUCACUCGCAUUUUGUUACUGUGGCAUGGUACCGGCCUUAGGGACUUGACCGUAGCCGCUCUAUUUUGAACAGAGGACUCUUUGGCUCACGCAAGACGUAGGAGAGAAUAACUGUGGUGAUGCUGAUAGGCGGAACGCGACUAAAAACUGCAGACUAGCUCGAGGCAUGGCUGAACUAGAGGCACUGAUGGUCCUUUGUACUUUACGUCCUUAUCCAAGAUAUUCUGCAAUCUCAUCUAUUGGAAUGGGUUUACUGGAUGGGUGGGAGUGUAGUACUUAGCCUGACAAUAUUCUGUUUACCGCACAAGUUGAGGAUAUACGUUCAGGCUGUGUACCUUCAAAACCCACCCACUGCCAGGGCCAACACCACCUUUAUGAAGAGGGUGAAGCACGAAUGUUGUUAAGCGAGUGUAGUUUGCAAACAGCACUACCACGUUCACCUUUGAAGGUGUUGUGUUACGAUUCGGGAUGAACGGCCAUUCCGAGUCAAGUUAUAUUUCAGUUCUUGGUUCCCUUCUCGAUGAUAUGAUACCAAUUUAGCUUAUGGUCGCGGUCCUUCUCAGAAAUGCAGGAGCGCAAGAAAGGUGGUUGCACAUGAGACGGGUGUCUCAUCCUCCGUCUUACAGACAAAUAGGCUUGGAAAUUGCCAAUAGUCGUUCAAAUAUCGGACGUCGGCAAGCGCGGUGUAGCCAUACUGAGGUGAAGUCCGAAGUUCGUGUCCCCAAUCCCUAUCACAUGGCAACGCAUCUAUCGUGGACCACUCUGGGUUUCGGUCUAGCGGUAUGCAACAUCUUUCGUGCAGUGAUGAUUGAUCUUUGGUUUCGUGGUGGCGGAAUUGCAGUUCAUCUGCGAUCUACCACUGGUCUAGCUCCUUCUAGGGACGUACCUGGCUAAGCUUUCGCAGAACAGCAAGCUAGAGCUCAGGGAGGAUUUGAAGUAGUUGGUUAUGUCCAAUUUCUCAUCGACGGUAACCGGGCUUCCAACCAGAUCUAGAUGUUUGGUUCACGCAUUAUCACCAAAGGCUGCUACCUCAUGGAAUCGAUAUCUCAGAAGUAGGCAGUGAGUGCUCUCUCUUGUGGAAUUCUGGCUCUUCAUCGCCCAUGCAUCACAGUCCUGUGCUGCUCUCUUAUCUACUAUUUUUAGGUUAUACUCUUCUACACCAAAGGGCAUUUUGCAAACGGCGUGGGAUAGCUCAUAUCAUUGGUCCUUCUUAUUCCCCCCGCUAGACAUUUGCUUGUUCCCUUUUCUGUUCUUUGAAGUCUGAAUGGAAUUACGUAACGCUGUCCUUCCGUGGCGGUUCGUCAAGGUUUGGCCAAAGUGCAUUCAGGGUGCUAAAAUGGGACUACUUCGAUGCUUCUGUCGAUAUUACCCAAGAUCUCGGAUGCAAGGCCUGGAUAGAAGACUGGUGGGAUCUGACUGUCAAUUUUGAGUGACGCGGUGUAACAGGGUGCGGCGACCAAGAAACAUCAGAAAUUGUGCUGGCGCUAUGAAAGAUUUCGUGGCUUGGAGAGCUGUCGUUCUAAGUAGCUGACGCUAUCAUCUAGAUCUGCAGACACUCUGAAUAGAUCUGAGCCUCGUCAUUUAUCUCUCAACAUUCGUUCCUUACGAGGGACGAGAUAUUGGCAGACCUCGAUUUCGUACUUUCCUCAGCUUACUAAACUUGACAGGAUGGCUGUUUGUUCCCUUUGUGUUCGCAAGCGGUUGUAUCACGGAGCUAGAAUCAAGGCCUAUUUCCAAGUGUUAGCUUGCGCUAACGACGGAUGCAUCUUCUCAAGAAGUCUGGAGCAUUUGCCUGAUUGAUGGCCAAUUCGGCGAUCUGACUUGAGACGAUUGCUGUACUUGUAUUACUGCAAACCGGAGAUGUCAAAUCGUUGCGAACUGAGGCGUGUGGAUAGUGGCGUCACUCGUGUUAUGGUGCGUGUCAUAGUCCGCAUCGACAACGCCAUGCCUCCGAAGACGAUAGACAUGUGGCAAUCGCAGCUCUGCUUCGUCUUAACAAGUUGUGGUUUCGGCCAGUGUUGGAGUCGAAUUUGCCUCCAACGUGAUGAUCACUCGGUAUCACUCGGUUGCUGUCCCAGGAACUCCCGCUGACCUUUGCGCUGGCGCGCUCAAUCUGUUCUGGGAUGAAAGGGAACGAAUCCGGCAACGUCCGUGAAAGAGACGUCCAAAUCGGGAAAUAAGCGUUGUGACGAAAAAGGCAGUUGUUGAGUCUCGCUUAUGUGCAUCGAAACUGGAUUUUUUAUUCGUCGCGUUGACGGUUGGGGGUUUCAUGUCGUUAUAAAUAUAAGCCACUUGGUGAGUGUAAGGAUCCAGACUCCUCUCAUCCUCGCGAGCUGUGUCUUGCCAAGUCUCAAUCAUCUAACGUCUACCAAACUUCUUAUUUACAACAUGCGUGCUCUGUCAAUCAUUACCGUCAUCUCAAUCAUUUCUGCUGUUCUCGCAGCUCCCAUUCCUGAAGCUGAGCCUGAACCGGGAUGUGGCCGAUUCUGCAUUCGCGAGGCAGAGGCGGCACUUAUUGCUGUGCCAGAACCCAUUGUGAAGCGUCUGCCCAGUGCUGAGGCUGAACCCGAGCCAGGUUGUGGUCGCUUCUGUAUUCGUGAAGCGGAGCCCGAACCAAUUCCCGAACCCGAACCCGAGCCAGGUUGCGGCAAGAACUGCACUCGUGACGCAGAUGCUGAACCCGAACCUGAGUCCGAACCUGAGCCCGAACCUGAGCCCGCACCAGUUGAAGAACGUGGAUGUGGCAAGAACUGCACUCGCGAUGCUGAAGCAGAGCCUGAACCCGUUCCCGAACCUGAGCCAGAACCGAUCGAGGAUCGUGGCUGCGGCCGAUUUUGCAUUCGUGAAGCCGAACCCGAACCUCUGUGAGACCGAUGGAUGCAUAUUGUCGAACAUCUCUUUUCCUUCAUCACGUCGCGCUACAUUCAUCCUUCCCAACUCGAAAACCCCUGCUUUUCUUUCAAACUUUACGCAAAAUUUUGCAGACGGAGGACCCGAUUGCGCCGCGUUCCGUCCGCCUCGACCGUCACUCACCUCUCAUUGCGCGUAUCUAUCUUCUUCGCGUUCCACUACGCUCCUUGUCACCGUGUUCGCAUUGAUCCUGGCUCCCUAUGUCUUUGGUCCUGUUGUUGUGCUCUUACCUCUGCCAUCAUCAUCUCUCGCCUGUUGUGGUGGUGGAUUAUCCCUUGUUGUGACCCUCGCUUGCUCACUUUAUCAUUUCUUGUUACUGCCGUUGCUGGGUCAGUAGGUGGUGUUCGUUAUUUAAGGAUUUUCGCAUUACUAGUAUAUUCAGCUUUAGAUUAUCCUGCUUUGUUGUCUCUUUGCAAUUCUUGACGGACUCGGUAUUGUCGUCUGCCGCAAUCAAUGUGUGUAUUAUUAUGAAUAUGAA